UGCCCCGCGGCGGCGCGGUCGCCAUGGCGCCGGGGGCCGCGCGGCCCGGGCUGCUGCUGCCGUUGCUGCUGCUGCGGCGGGACGGGACGGGGCGGGACGGGACGGGGCGGCCGGGCCCCAUGGCGGCGGCGGCGGCGGCGGCGGGCGAGGAGGGGCUGCAGGCGCUGUACCGCUGGGUGGACGCCAUCCCCCUGUCCCGGCCCAAGCGCAACAUCGCCCGCGACUUCAGCGACGCGGUGCUGGCCGCCGAGGUGGUGAAGUUCUUCUUCCCGCGGCUGGUGCAGAUGCACAGCUACGUGCCCGCCAGCUCCACGCAGCAGAAGCUCUCCAACUGGGACCACCUCAACAGGAAGGUCCUGAGUAAGCUGGACUUCUGCGUCCCGGACGACAUGAUCCGCCAGAUCGUGCAGUGCCGGCCCGGCCUGGUGGAGCAGCUGCUGCUCCUGCUGCGGCAGAAGAUAGAGGAGAAGCAGAAGCAGAGCAAGGUGGCGUCCGGCCCGGGCCAGGAGCCGGGCACGCGGGCAGCGCUGGAACAGAUCAGCUACCUGGAGACAGGCUGCUCCUCGAAGGCGAAGGGCCACGUGGGAGGGGGCUGUGCCCAGGCGUCCCCGGGGGCUGACAGGCUGAACAAGAGCCACCACGGCUAUGCCCAGACGUGCCCGGGGGACACCGCCGUCCGCCUGCAGCUGGCGGAGAGGGAGCAGGCCCUGCUCCUGGCCCAGGAGACCAUCCAGAUCCUGCAGAUGAAGGUGCGGAGGCUGGAGCAGCUGGUGCAUCUCAAGAACAUCCGGAUAGAUGACCUCAGCCAGCGCCUGCAGCAGGCCGAGUGCCAGCCGAAAUGAGCCGUGCCUUGCUGUCCCCGCAGCUCCUCUCCCUGCUCGCUCCGGACCUCUCCGGUUCCCGCGGGGCUCUUAGCAUCGUUCUGCCUCGCCUCGCCGGUUCCUGCCGGAAGAGCCAGGUUGCUGCUCAGAAACGUUCCUCUAAGGCGAGCGGCAGCGGCUGGGAGGCCCCUCCGGGGUCUCGCUGCUGUGGCUUGGGGACAGGUUGCGGCUCACUGGGUGUCUGGCGGUGGCUCGCAGCGUGGGGAUGUCUCUCGCCGCCCGGGAGACGCGACUGGCAGAGGCGACGUUUCUGAAGCUCUGAGAUCUCAUCUCUUGCCCAAAGCUGUUGUUUGUGUUUGUAACCUCGGAGCGAAUCUGCGCUGCAGCAAACCGACCCGCUCGCGUGGCCACUGGCUCCCCUCUGCGCGGGGCGGCUGCCGCUUUCCCCGCUGCCCCCCGGCCGGGCGGACAUGCUCUUCCGAAGGGACCUGGCAGCAUUUUCCUGUGGAGAUGCGUCCCUGCUGCCAUUCCCAGCCUUGCCGGCCUGCUCCCUCCCUCUCUGGGGAUGCACCUUGGCGGAAAGCAGGCCCUUCCCGGGUGCUCCGUGAGCCCCCCCGGGACGGAGCCCAGCAUCACUCCCACUGGGCCACCCGGAUAAAGGAUGCGCUAUCCCUGCUAAGGGUAUCCCAUUUCCCCUGGGGCUUUUCCUGCCUAACUUCCAUUUUGACCGUGGUUUUCACUUUUUAAUAGCAAAGCCUGGGAAGAGGGGUGCCGGUCACCGGGGAUUUUCCAGCCAUA